AUGGUUUCUAACAUUAUUAAGGUGGUUGAAGAAAAUAUCAAAAGCUCCGAUGCAGAAUUAAUAGUUAACGCACCUGAUAUCACCCCGGAUGAUGCUGAAGUUCUUAAACAAAUUCCCAUCCGCUCAAUAUAUGCUUCAGGAGAUAUUGGAGGUAAGAACGAUAAUUGGGACUGA